AUGCUUAAUGAAGAAUUAGCUGGUACACUUGUUCUUGAUAAACCUAUUCAUGGUACUAUUAGUCCAAGUGGAACAUCAGCUAGUGGUGAUCAUGAUAGUCGUUUAGCUGCAUUGGCAUCAGGUUCUCGAACAGGUAAAAUGGAAAUAAUUGGACAAGAAGGUUGUGGAAAAUUAGAAUUUAAAUCACCAGCUGGUAUGACAAUAAAUGGCGAUGGACAUUUAGUUAUUGCUGAAAUUGAUAAUAAUCGUUUACAAAUUUUAACAAGAGAAUUUACACAUAUUCGAACAAUAAUUGGUUUUCGUGAACCACGUGAUGUUUCAUUUACAAAAGAUAAACGUUAUUUAAUUACUGAUAAUCAUAAAUUAAUUAUCUUAGAUGAAGAAUUUCAUAAAGUUGAAGUUAUUGGUUCAAAUAAAUCUGGCAAAGGACGAAAUAUGUUUAAUAAUCCAACUGGCAUAAGUAUUGAUGAUGAUGAUGAUGAUAUAAUAAUAUGUGAUACAAAUAAUGAUCGUUUAGUUCUUAUUUCACGUGAUUUUAAAUGGAUACGAGAUAUAAAUACAGGUAUUGAUACAUCACCACGUUAUAUUUGUAUACGUCAAAAUAUACUAUAUGUAACAAGUGGAACAAAAGCUUGUGUUUUAAUAUUUAAUAAAAAUACUGAUCAACAAAUAAAUACAAUACCAGAAUUAACAUUAGGUUUAUCAAUUGAUGCACCACGAUCUAUUCGAUGUGUACGAGAUCUUUUAUUUGUUACAUCAAGUUUAUCAAAAAGUAUAUUUGUAUUUACAAUUGAUGGAGAAUAUCGAGGUGAAUUAAGACAUGAAUUAUUUGCAAAACCAAUUGGCAUUCUUUUUAUUGAUGAUAGUCUUUAUGUUACAGAUAGUGAUAAACAUGCAUUAUUUCAUUUUAGUGGUGUUCUUCAAUGA